AUGGCAAAGAAACAUAUGAAAAAUCUGUCUUUCAAGGGCAAAUGGUACAAUACAUGGAGAGAGAUGAUGAAUGUAGUUAUGAUGCAAAUGAAACACCUAAGAAAAUCGCAUACAACACAAUUAUGGAGGCCAUAUCUACUUUUGGGGAAUGCACAAGAGAGAACAUAUACCAGGAUCAAAAACGGUAUAUAUAGACGGCGAGAUAGGACAGAUGUUUCUUUUUUAAUGAUGAAGUAUUACGAAGUGUUGGAUUAUGGAGUCCUGAUGGAUAUGAAGGAGGAAUCAGAAAUAUCCUCUACCUACAAAGAAAGGUUUCAAGAAGGCAUGGCCUUUUUAGAGAACCAAAAAUUUCCUUAUUUUUUAUAUGGAACAGUGGCUUGGGAAAGGGACCGCAAAUGUAAACUUCCUGACAUAUAUCUGUCAUUUUUAAAAAACAAAAGUUCUGAACAUGACUGCUGCACAUGUUUUAAUGAUAGUGUUAGCUGUUUUCAUGAAUGCUGUAUAGUCAAAUUGAAAUUGUUUGCAGCAGCAUUAAAAAUGAAAGUUAAGUCUUCCACUCAUGUACCUAUUUCACACCAUGAAAAAAUUGCACCACAUAACCAAGCAAAACCGACUCAAUCAUCUACACCAGGAAAUACCAAGAACAUAGAUAAAAAAUUAUCACAAACUACAUCAUUCAAAACAGCAAAAUCAUCUACAUUACCAACUCAUUUAGAACAUCAUAAGAUUGAUUUAUUACAAAAAUACAAUACCAAUGUUAACUGUAAAAUAGCCAUAAAUAAGAUAUUUCAGAUUGUUGAGAAUCAAAUGAAAUUAAAACCACCAUACACCAAUCCAUUUAUCAGUAAUAUGAACUACUUAACUUCAGUAAUUGGUAAAAACAGUAAAUGUAGUACCACAAUGUUGAGAGCAUCUAUUAAUGGAGAAAAUAUCAACAUACACUGUCAAGAGGGGGAAAGUUUCAAUGCCUUAUGUGCCCUUAACAAUGUUGUAUCAGAUCUACAAGGCAUUGAAGAAUUACCAUUUUCCUCUGACAAUUUUUAUCAUGUUGUCGACGAACUUUGGCUUUUAAAAGCAGGAGCGUUGGAAACUGAUUUUGUAAAUGAAAUAGUUCCAGGCAACAGGUCUCCAUCAGGUGGUUAUGAUCAUCAGUUAGUCAAAAAGGUAGCAGAGUCUAAAGAAUAUGAAUGGCAUGACUUUGAUUUAAGUAACUGGUUCAAAAACAACAACAACGAAAAGUACACUCAUUUGCUUUCAGAAAUUGGAGUGCAAGUAAAUGCCAGAGUGCUUAUCAGUUUAAACAAAAGUCAACAUGCAGCCUUAAUGCUUCUUAAGGAAAGUAUUGCCAUCAUAAACAGCUGCAAUAAGCCUCCAAUAAAGUAUUUGCCCUUUAAAGAUGGACUUGAAUUGCUAAAAGUUAUUCAAAAAACACUCAUUUUAAAAUGGGAAGUCUGGAAAUAAAGACUGCAACAAAAGAAAGUAAACAGGCUAGUAAUAAAUUAAAGUCACAAUCAAAUAUUCAUUUCAAUGUUGUAUCAAAAAACAAAUCAGGAGGUACAUGUACACUUUGCUAAGGAAUAAAUCUUAUAACAUUAUCAGGGUGAAUACCAAUAUGCUUAAACUAGAAGAAUACUUGAUGCUUGUCGAAAUUUACCUAUGCAAACUUAUACGUACAGAUUGGCAAAA